GUAUGUAAUUUCAGCAAGAGUUGUAGUUAUUGAAAGUAGUCUCUAAUAAGCGACUGAUAUUUUACAAAUAAAGCCACUCCUUUAAGUCACACACACACACACACAUACAUAUAUUCUUUUUCCCCGUCUAUUACUUCCUCAAUCUGCCGCCCGGCCUUCCUACUUCAACACUCAUGUCCCAUUACCACCACUGAAUUCUUAAAACUUUAGUGAAGCUUAAAGUUUAUAACAAACUCCCUGAAUCUGUCAAUUUAUGUUUUAAUAACGAAACUAUCAACCACAACAAAAGCGAGACAAAAUAUUUAAUUACGAAGAAGAAAAAAAGUUAUUUUUAGAAAACAACCCAAAACAAGAGCCUGUCGCUGCUUUGCCACAGUAUUUCUCCUCUGUCAUGGCCCAAAACAACGAAUACGAACAAAUGUGUGAUCGAACUAAAAUGGUUCUACGUUUACGAGAACUGUUCCAUGGUCGAUUUACCAAUGAAGAGGUAGAGAAACUGUUGCAGUUAAAUAAUUUUGAACAAGGACGUACAGUGUUCUACAUUCUAUCCUCUGACACCCAAGAAUUAUGCCGUGUUUUAACAGAAGAUGCUGACACGGUUGCUAAACUGAACUACAUUAGGAAUAAUGAUAAACUAGUGGAAGAGGCUAAACAAAAUUACAUUGGCUUAGCUAUUCGUCAGUUUACAUGCCAUCCUUGUAAUAAUAUGUGGUGGCGUGUCACUCCAAGGAGAAAACCUGUUUCAAGAUGUAAAACAUGCCAAGUUCGGUAUGAUCCUGUCCCAAAAGAUGUUGAAUUUGGAAGUGCUGUAUUUGUUUGUAAGAGUUGUAACAAUGAAUUCAGAGGCUUUGGUCAAAAAUCAACAACUAGGAGCGUCUGUUACAAUUGCAAUAACCUGUGUUAUCCAACCAAAAUUGAACCUCCAAAGAGUAAUCAUGGCCGUCGAAACUGGAAGAGUCAACAUUCAUGUGAUGCACCAGACUGCUGUGGACAUUUAUCAGACUGUGAUAAAGAUAUAAACGUAUAUGGUCCUUCAGGAUUGCAGAAAAGGUGUGUUCAUCCACGACGUCAGAGAAACCGAUCUAUCUACUACCCAUGUUUUGAGCACAAUAGUACUGGUUCAACUGUGGAAACAUUUCUCACUCAGAGAUUUGAGACUGAUUCAGUCUCUGAAUUCUCAGUAAGCUUAGAAACUAUUAUGGAAGAUGCUGAUAUCACUUCCAAUAUGAGUACAUUGACACUAUCUGAUAGCAAUGCUGGUAACGAACCAGAUGAACCUGUAGGUUUUCCUUCAGCAAAACCAAAGUCUUCUGCCAUGUCUAGCUUAACAUCUUAUCCAACUAGUGCGGAACAUGUAGCCAAAACUGAUAAAACACAGAUGGUGAACAUUAAACAAGUCAAUAAAACUGUACAACCAGAGGAAAAAACAAAACAAAAAAAAAAAUCUGAGAAAAAAGAUUGAAGUCUCAGAGCUCCAAAUUAGACUGUCAUUCGUGAAAGUCAAAAAUCUGUUGACUCCUAAUUUUGAUUUCUGUCUUUUAUUUUCCCUUCAUACUGGGAAAUGGUCAGUAGUUGUGGAAUAAAUAUAACUGAUCAUUUCCCUUAAAAUAUGGUGCCUUUAUUUUAUCUAGUGAAAGAAAUCACAGCCAGAAGUCAAUAGAUCGACGCUAUCAAUUCAUUAUUCAGCAUUAUUCAUGGGAGAUUACUCUUGUGGCAACAAAGAAAUCGUAAAUGAAAUUUAAAA